AUGCGAGCGGUAGAGGUGUCAUUGGAUAGCGGCCCGGUCUCGACCCCCCGUGGGUACGAGUCUCUGGCAGGCCGAUUCGUUCAGAAUUACAACGGAGGGCAAGCAGCUGCUAGUGCAGCACCCGUCGCAAAUAUGGACAACAGUCAAAAUGGGCAAUAUCCAGGAACGGGCUCCCAGGCUUCCACGGGCUCCCAAGGCUCACAAAGCUGGCAGGGCUCCCAAGGCUCACAAAGCUGGCAAGGCUCCCAGGCUCCCAGGUUUCACAGGCUUCACAGGGGUUCCCAAGGGUCGCAGGGCGCCUGGGGUCAGAGCUGGGGAGGAGCACAGAGUCCUAGUCAGAACGUUGGUGGACAGGCCCUGGGGGCGAGUACGGUCCUUCAGCAAGUUGCGACCGAAAAUACAGGUCAAUACACCUGGAAGCCCAACGGGGAGGCAACUCAGCUGCAGACCAGCACUCAAAGCGGAGCCACAAGCAGUCUCAGUCAGUCAACGACCACCAGCCAACUGAGGACCACCAGCCAGACGAGCAGCACUACCAGCCAGGCGACAAGCACUACGAGUGGCACGACAACAACCCAGAGUCAAUCGACCAGUACCAACACUCAACCGACAACACUGGAGACUCGCGUCUCUCACACGGCGACCGCAACGGCAACUGACGGUGCACAUGAAGUCGCGGCGACCAGCACCGGCACAGCCCAUCACGGGGUGACCAAGCUCGACACCAGCGCAUAUGCAGCGGUUGCAGUUUGCGCUGGGGUCGGAAUCAUAGCCGCGUUUGUCCUGUUCUCGUUAUACCGAAAGCGGCGGCGGGCGAAAGCAAUAGCUCGCGCGAAAGAGCUUAGAAGACGACAUGGGGGACCGAAACCUGGACAGUUGGAAGCAAACAGCAGCGUCAAUACCUUGCCGCAGCUCUUCCUCGCGAGCAAAACCGCACUCUUCAGCGUGGUUUCUCUACGCUCAUCCAAUGAGAAGGACGAUUUUGGCAGCGAUCGCGGUCCCGCGGAAAAACAGAUACCACUGAGUGCCCCUCCUCAGUAUGGGAAAUCUCAACUCAGUGCCGUGAGUGUGCCAAGGAGUGCUGGGAGCCAGAGUGAUAGUGGUAGCAUUUCUGACGCCAGUACUGUCGCCGGCACUCCCUCUCGUCAUCCAACAUUCCGGCAGCCUACUGAACUCCAUUACGAUACCUGCAGCACAUCUGAUCAUCCCUCGGACGAUGGUGCCAGCGAACAUCGCCCAGGACUGUACAGGCGGCUUACGGAGCGGGUCGCGAGCAUUCGGACGCGUUCAAAGCAGCCCAAACGAGGGCAUCGCCACUGUCUUAGCGCACCAAACGAAAUCAUUACCAAUCGCUUUGCCUCUCCCAUAGUGAGGCCGGUUCAUGAGAUAGAUCACGAUCGCCACAAUACUUCCGACGAUGAUACUGACCAGAGUACACGCAGCCAACCUCAUGGAAUUCAGAUCACAGAGAACCAGAAUGAGUCUCGCAGCACGUCGGACGAUGAAGCCGACAAUUCCACGGAGACUCCCAAUGAUUCUCGCAGUACCUCCGGUGACGGUGGCGACCAUAAUGCUUCCUUUGAGCGUCCGCCACUCAAGACGAGGGGGAGCUUUAAGGAACGUGUCACCGGUCUGGCCAAGCUGCCCAGGAUGCCCAGUAUAAACUCCCUCUACAAAGCAUCCGCCGCAUCCUCCAUCGAGGAGAAAGAUCGCCCAGGGGCCAAACUAUCCACGAUUCCAGACGAUGAAAUGGAAGACAACCGGCUUGUCACCUCCUAUGCGCCUUCCACCUUCAAGACAUACUCCGUUGACAUGGAAUUCUCUCCAGUCAACGACACUCAGAUCAAACUGGCUCUGGGCCAGUCAGUCAUAAUAUACCAGGUCUAUGAUCACGGUUGGGUACAUUGUCUCAACCGCGACACUGGCCAAGAUGGCCUGGCGCCGCGAGCCUGCCUCUCGAUAUGGCCAACCAACCGGCCCCCGAGCAACAGAGCUGUCAGCGAUGUGACCUUGUAUCCACCGCAGAUGAACGUCUCUGUCACGUCGCUCGGCUCUUCACGCCCUAUGUCCCCAAUCACUCGCUUUUACAGCCACCGUUGUCCUUCUUCACCCGCAAUUUAA